UGUGGUUUACCAGUGGGCUAAGGCGGUCCCCGGUGGAAUAAGGGCCUAACCCAUUUGGAGUCCAGUGAGGGGCCCCUUCUUUCAUUUUAAGUUUCCACAAGGGGUGAGUGAUUUCAGCACAUUUAUAAAUGCUUCUGGGAACUUUCAGCGCCCGGAUAACUAGAGCGCUCAGAAGAUGCAGGGGAGAAGACGCUGGGAGAAGAUGCAGCCAAUAUUUAAGGAAUAUUUCACUCCCCAUCAGCCAGUCAUGGAGAAAAUGGAAUCCUUCUAGCAGGAAUGGGCAUCGGUAGGCGCCCGUACCUUCCCCUGAUCCACCUGUCUCCCACCACCACCACGCCCAGCUGUAGCCGAGCGGACGGCGGGGUGUAGCCGGCUGAGGCUCGCUGUGCCUCGGUUUCCCCUUCCCGGGGCCCCACCCAGGCCUGCGACGGAUGCGGCAGAAGCACCCGGAAGGAGGGGCCCUGGGGGAGCCGCUCCGGCUGACCCAGCCGUCCCCAUCCCACGUGGUGGACGAGAAGAUCCCGCGGCUCGGCUGCCGGAUGUCGGGGAGCGACAUCACCACCCACGUCCUGUCCUGGUACCACCAGCCCCCCGGGCAGGGCCCCGUCUUCCUGCUGAGCCACCGGGCCGGGGGGAACAAGCCCGUCUACGGGGCCGGCGUCUCCGAGCGCUUCAUCGCCCACCUGGAGCGCUCGACCAACACCUUCAGCCUCACCAUCGGCAACGUGAAGCCCGCCGACGCCGGCACGUACUACUGCGCCGUCUGGUUCGCCAACCGGUACCUCUUCGGAGAGGGCACCCGCCUGGUCCUGGGAGGGGACCCCGGGAAGAAGCGCCCCCCGGAGGUGGCACUGCUGGGCCCGGCGCGGGCGGCCGGCCCGGCCUUCCUGUGCCUGGCCUGGGGGUUCUCCCCGGAGUCGGUCCGGCUGCGCUGGCAGGUGGACGGGCGAGAGCCGGGCCCCGGGGAGGCCUCCCCGCCGGCGGGGGGCCGGGAUGGGGCAGGUGCCGCCGGCCUGCUCAGCCUCCCGCCCCGGGCCUGGCUGGACGGAGCCCAGGUGACCUGCCGGGUGGAGCACGAGACCCGGGCCCAGCAGAGCAGCGCCAAGCUGAAGGGGGCCGGGCGGCAAGGCUGCUUGGUAUCCCCCAGAGACCCCGUCUCGCCGCCCGACCCUCUCGGCAAUGGGACCGCGGGGAGCGCCGCCCCCCAGAGCACCGGGGCCCCGAGCCUGGGCCGGAUCCUGGUGACGGCCUGGUGGUGCUACCUGGGGUCGCUGGCCGCCAGCUGCCUCUACGGCCUGGGGGUCUCCCUCCUCGUGGGGCUGCGGGGGCUGCGGGGGCAGCAGGAACCCAGGCGUCCGGGGCCACCCCCACCCCCUCCAGGAGCCUGGCAGAGAGCGCCCCGGAGGAGAGCCGGCCAGGAGCGCCGCUUCAAAUGAGACUCCCCGGCCCCCCCACUGGUCCCCCCCAUGCCCCCCGCCUGGGGACCGGGAACGCCCCUGCACCGGCCCCCCCCAGCCCGCACCCUGGCUGUCCCAUACCGGCUGGAGAGCUGACCCCACUCAGCCCCUGCUAACCCUCCCCCGGCCCCCCCCGGUCUCUGACACCCCCCCCGCCCCCCGCCCGC